AUGGCUGAAUCUGAAGCUCUUCCCCGCGUUGUCGAAGAUGUCACAGCAGAGUGGCUCUUACCCAAGCUUGGCCUCCAGAAGGCCAAGAUUGAAACGAACAAGGUCAUUGCUGGCACGGCCGGUUUGAUCCUCAUGACCAUCACACCGGAAGAAGAAGACGGGAAGACAAAGGACGCCCUGAAUAUUUGUAUCAAGGGUGGCUUCAACCCAGAUAUGCUGGCGGCGUACCCUUUUGUCCUCGGCCUCUACACGCGAGAAGUUGACUUUUACACCAAUGUCGCGCCCCGAGUACCACAGCUGAACUUGCCAAAGAUUCUGUGGUCUGGCAAGACUGCCGAAAAUGCCCACUUCGUGAUGACAGACGUCGCCACCACGAAAGGUUAUGUGUUUGCCGAUCCUGUCGACACCUGGCCUGUUGAUCGGGUUAAGUUGGUCGUUGAGCAGUUUGCUGCCCUUCAUGCCGCCACUUGGGGAACCAAGGCCGAAGAUGCUCCCUGGUUAAAUGACCACUACGAGGAAGCUGUCCUGGGACUCUGUGGUAUGUGGGACGCCAUCGUGCUGGCCGAGGACAGACCUCCUGUGCCCGAGUACAUGAAGGACAAGGAGCGGAUGAUACCCGUCAUCAAGGAGUGGUUCGCAACCCGAAACCCCAAGUUUGGGUGUAUCCUGCACGGCGAUGCGCACAUCGGCAACACGGCUUGGUCUGAGCAGACCAAGGCCCCCAUGAUUGUCGACUGGCAGAUCAUCCACCGCGGAUCCUGCUUCACCGACAUCGCUUACUAUAUCAUGACGGCCCUGACCAUCGAAGACCGCAAGGCACAUGAGAAUGACCUGAUCGAUCAUUAUCUCGCGAAGCUACACGAAUUUGGUGCACCGAAGCUUUCAAGGGAGGAUCCUGAGGUGAUGGCUGAGUACCGAAAGGGUCUUAUGGCUGGGUAUUCCUGGGUUCUCUGCCCUUACACCAUGCAAAAGAAGGAACGAGUGUUCGCCAUUGUGUCGCGACUUGUCUCGGCCAUGGAGGAUCACAGCACAGUGGACCUAUUAGUGAAGGAGUAG